AUGGCCGUAAGCGGGAGAAGAUUUCUAAAAUCGCUCACAGAACAAAUCAAUUCAACAAGAAACUAUGGAACCGCUAAACGAGUGGUUGCCUCGAAACCAGUGGUGGAAAUGGACGGAGAUGAAAUGACCCGUAUCAUUUGGGAAAAGAUAAAAGAAAACUUAAUAUUUCCAUAUGUAAAAUUAGACUGCCUUUACUAUGACCUGGGGUUACCUCACCGUGACGCAACAAACGACCAAGUAACAAUUGACGCUGCGCACGCGAUUCUGAAGCACAAUGUUGGCAUCAAGUGCGCAACUAUCACCCCUGAUGAACAACGCGUUGAAGAGUUUAAACUCAAGAAGAUGUGGCUGAGCCCCAACGGUACCAUACGUAAUAUUCUGGGUGGUACCGUGUUCCGUGAACCCAUACUCUGUAAGAGCAUACCUCGUCUCGUGCCCGGUUGGACCCAGCCUAUUGUAAUCGGUCGUCAUGCCCAUGGAGACCAGUACAAGGCCCAAGAUUUCGUUGUAUCUAAGCCCGGAAAGGUGGAACUGGUCUACACAGCGGAAGAUGGGACCGUGUCCAAGCAACUGCUUUAUGAUUUCAAAGCUCCCGGAGUAGCUAUGGGAAUGUACAACACUGACGAAUCUAUCAUGGCCUUCGCUCAUUCCAGUUUUCAGGUUGCCUUACAAAAGAAAUGGCCGUUGUAUUUGUCAACGAAGAAUACAAUUCUCAAACGUUAUGAUGGUCGCUUCAAGGAUAUCUUCCAAGAAAUAUAUGAAAGCACAUACAAAAAACAGUUCGAAGAUGCCAAGAUAUGGUACGAGCAUCGCCUGAUCGAUGACAUGGUUGCACAAGCUAUUAAAGGGUCAGGCGGAUUUGUCUGGGCCUGCAAGAACUACGACGGCGAUGUACAGUCAGAUAUUGUAGCACAGGGUUAUGGCUCUCUCGGGAUGAUGACGUCAGUGCUGAUGUGCCCAGAUGGUAAGACAGUGGAAUCUGAAGCGGCCCACGGAACUGUCACCCGCCAUUACAGAAUGCACCAACAGGGGAAACCUACAAGCACCAACCCUGUCGCCUCUAUUUACGCUUGGACCAGGGGAUUAAUGCAUCGUGCUAAAUUGGAUGGCACGCCUGAGUUGGAGAAAUUCGCUUUAGCUUUGGAAGAGGCAUGCGUCGAAUGUAUUGAUAGCGGCAAAAUGACGAAGGAUUUGGUAAUAUGCAUCCAUGGCUUAGCUAAUACCAAGGAAGGCAUGUUUUUACACACUGAAGACUUUUUGCAAGCAAUUGCCGAGCAGCUCGAACGCAAAUUGUCAAAGUAA